AUGGAAUUUGUCUUAAGCAUGCUUUUGGUCAAUCUGCUGGCGUAUCUUCAUCACCAAGAUGUACCGAAGUCUGCUGAGCUGGAGGAGACGAAGAGAUGCUCAUUGGAGUUUCAAAUUGUUUCAAUUACAAACCUAACCUCGCAAGCAUGUAGCUGUAGCACUGUUGCGCCUAAUGCAUCUUCCGCGGGUGGUUCUGCGACCGGUGGUUUAGGGGCUGCUACAGGCCCAAGCACGGCGGGUGGUGCCGGUGGUGCCAAAUGGAGUGCUGGUAGUCGAGCUGGCUGGACUCAACAGACUCAAGGUCGACUCAUCACGCAUGCCAAUUCUGCCACGUCAGACAAUCAGAAUUCAAAGCAAAAUGACGAUGACGAAGUGGAGGAAUUGCCGGCGCAUCUUUUACAUAAUCAGGCACUUUACAAUAAACGCAAUGGUACAAUCUCGUCACGUUGGCAAAAUGCACAGCAGAAGGUGCCCAGCGUGACGACACUCAGCACCAGUCUCCAAGUCCGCUACAAAUCUGCAUUUACAGAACAAUCUCAACGCACAUCCCCGCUUCCUACCGCCCAACUGUCCGAGGAACAACCCGAGCAUAGUGUCACUAUACCUCCUUCCGGUCAGUUUCACUAUCAGGUUCCUCAAGCGGAUCGUGACCGACAGCUUGUGCGAUCAUCUUACUCUCGCUCAUCACCUCGGCGAAGGCAUUCUGUCUCUGGAAACUCGUUAAACCUUGCUGUGGGGUCCCCCAGAUUACGCCGCGUCUCUGUCGGCGAUGCAUAUCAUGGAUCUGAACUUCGUGCUAUUCACUCAAUCUCCUCGAACGCAAGGUCCUACUCGAUAGCGACGGGCGCUUCUGAUCUACACCAUUCGACGCCUAGUAAUCUUCCACCUAGCCAGACUGCGUCACAGCCACUGGAAAACCUCGUGCCUAGGAGCUUACCACUUGGUCAUCAUGCUUCAGCUCUUCAGCCUGUGAAUCAGUCGACGCCUACGGACCAACAAUGGCUGGAGCAGUCCCUUCACAUCCUCAGUGCUACGGACAACCAAUACACGUCGUUCUAUCGCAUGCGUAAACUUCUAAAUACCUAUGUCAACUCAACGCCUUCGCCAUCCACCAAGGUCGUCGACCACAUGAUGUGGGGCUUUGUCAUGACUAGACCCAACUUUGAGUCUAUCCAUGGGCUCCUUCAUAACUAUCAACACCUCCUCCGUAAUUCGAAAUAUAAACCGUCUCCCGACACUUACAGCAUUCUGAUCACUGCUUUAUGUCAACGUGAUAUAAACAAUUCAAAUGAGAUAGAACUACGGAAGAGCAAGCUUGACGAUGCCAUGAUUAAUCAACGCCUCAACCAAAGUCUCCCGAAUCUUUCUUUGGCCCCACCUUCAUCAGCUGAAGAUUUGAAAGUGCUCAACACCUUGACAUCUGAGCCCAACUUUGAUCAUGCCGUGCAAUUGUACAACACACUGAGCAAAGAAAACCUUCGCCUGCUACAGCCCGCAGCCCUAGACUCUCUAAUCAAAUCUUGCAGCAACCAAAGCGCUCUUGAUCCGCAAAACGUUCGUGGACAGCAAAUCAUGAGGCUAAAUUUGGCUGUCGACGCCUUUGGCAAUUUGGAAAGUCAAGGCAACUGCUCUGCUCGAACCUAUGCCGGCAUGAUUGAUGUACUUGGUUAUUCUCAAAAGCUGCCUAAUGCGAAAGUCAUGUUCGAUGAUUACAGAAAUGUCAGAUCGGGUGCGACUCCUAUAACUUCACCCAUACUGCACGUACAUCAUCUGAGAUGUCCUGAUCUUGCCGGCCUUUCCCCCGAACUGGAUGGCACGAUUGGUUUUACUCAUCUUCGAGGGCAGUCCCAACCGGUGGAUGAAGUAAGUGACGCAAUGGUCCUUCUAUCACUGAUGAGGGCCUAUCUAGCCAAUGGCGACUCAGUCUCAGCUGUCACUUUGCUGGAAGAAUGUCUCAAUAGUGAUCCCACUAGUGCUACACCUCUGGGUAAAAUCAACUCUGAUCAUAUACUAGAAAUCAUUUCAGGAUUCAUUCGACUAUCUGACUUCCGUUCAGCCUCGAAAUGGUUGAAAAGGAUAUUCAAUGAGGAACACGCAUUGUACGACUUGGACCAACCUGGAAAGCGAAACAGUUUCCUCGAUAAAAUCGUACGCUUAUCUUGUCAACCGGAACGCGUAAGCGGUGGUCUCGAUGUGGCCAACGACGCUGUCAAAGUCAGCAUUGAGACAAUGAGACCUCAAUCAAACCCGAACGCUGGCAUCAGUUUGAUGUACCGUAUGCGCCAGGUUUUGAACUGCCUCCUCGUACGCGCUUUACAAAGCUCUACCGCGCUACAGAAAGAUCAUCAGAGUACAAAUUCCUCCAUCACGCUCGGUAUUACUAAAGACUCGCUUGAGAAGGCCACCAAUUUAAUCUGUGAUUUCAUCAAGAGGAGAUCGUACCUUCUCGAAACUAACUCGGAGUCUUCAGCUUACCUCUUGAACCUUCAGACCUAUGGGAUGAUGGAGAAUUUGUUAAAUAGAGCUAUCCAGACAUGUCAACAUAUCCGCAUCGCCACCGGAGCCACUGGCCAGUUCAAAGAGCUGACUGAUCUAUGUCAAGAUAUGCUCAUCAAGCUGUUAUCGCAUUAUUCCACAAUUCCUGAUCAUCGCCCAAUUGAUUCUGAAGACGUUGAUGUACAGCACGAAAGAUCCUCUCUCGCUGGCCUUCUCACCUGCUAUCAAAACCUCAUUUCUUCAACAGCGAUAUCUGCUAGUGGCCUCAAUCAUGAUACCCAGCUCGAAUUUUCUUUGAAGAUCACAACACCUGUCAUCAUCAACAAUAUGUCGUUGAUCUUGGCGAAACAGUUGGUCCGGUUCUACAAUCUAUCUUCGCAAGCUGAUCAACUUCUCCGAUCGACCAAUGAUUGGUUUGUAAUGUUGACAGCUGGUGCGAUUUUCGAAGUACAAGUCAAAGAAGGGAAAUCACUCUCAUUUGCAGAAGACGACUCUCGGUUUUCGACUCAAUCCAUCUUGGAAAGUUUACUCAUCAGUCUUGAAAAUGCCCUCGCCACUGGCAGAGUGAACUUUGCUGAGCGAGACCCUGCCAUCGAUUCGCAGUUCCUCAUCCGGGUCAUUGAUACAUAUAAUAUCCCACUGCCUGUCGACGGAAAGCUGAAUGGACUCUUCGCCGAACUCAGGGCCGCAGGUGGAGGCUCGUACAGCGCGAGUGACCUGCGACUGAACCACUAUAUACAAGAGGGUGGCAAGUAUGUUACCAAUCGAUUUAGCGUCCUUGGUCACGAAGAUCAUAGCUCCCCUAAUAAUCUCUCGAAUGCUACCGACUCUGCCUCUGUCACAUCUCCUUCACUAACACUCAUUGGCGCAAGCUCUGUACCUUCCAGCCUCCCAUCGCCCCUGUUCUCACCUCACCUCGCCAAUGAAUCCGAGUCAACUCGCUCUACAACGCCGCCAUCUCGGCUCCCUCUCCAAGUUCCCCAUGAUGCAUCGCGCUCAAUGUCUCGAAGUGUAUCCAAAUCUGUGGUACCGGUGCCGCAUUCAUCGUUCCGCUCCUUCAAUGAACACCUCAGUCAAGUUGCAUUGAGUAUGUUUUGCAAUAAAGAUUUAGCUGAGCUUGAGAAUAUGUACCGAAGUGUGCAUGAAUCGGCCUCAAGAGGAAUUUACCUCACACCAGAUGCUUCAUCGGCACUGAUUGAGACCUUUGGGCGUCUGGGACAGCUUGACCGAAUGAGGGAGAUGUAUGUAUAUGCUCACGUAGGACUCGCAUCAGUCGAAGGGGUUACUCAGAGUGAUCAAAUAUCGCGUUCCGCUAGUUGGAUCAGAGUUGAAGAUCGGAUGAUCAUUGGAUUGUCGUAUUGUGGCGCCCUCGAUGAGUUGGCUAUCCAUAAACUUCGGCUUCUAGAAAACGGUGAAGCACCCUCUGCAGAUGCGUAUGCAGCCAUGAUCCAGCACGCACGUGAGACUACUGACGAUGCGAGUGUGGCGUUGGCGUACUUUGAGGAGGCAAUCCAGCACCGAGUGAUACCUAAUACAUUUUUAUGCAAUACCAUCAUCUCGAAGCUUUCAAAGGCCAGAAGGGCUCCUGAAGCUUUACAAGUAUUUGAUUAUAUGAAACAGAACAACCUCCCUCGAAAUUCAGUAACGUUUGGUGCCAUCAUCAAUGCAUGCUGUAAAACCGGUGACGAAAAGUCGGCUGAAAAGCUCUUUCGUGAGAUGUUACGAUCAAAGUACUACAAGCCUCGGAUUCCACCUUUCAAUACGAUGAUCCAAUUAUAUACCCAAGGUAUCAAACAUCCUAAUCGGGAGAAAGUUUUGUAUUACUUUGAUGAAAUGUUAAGACAAAACUUGUCGCCUUCUGAUCAUACAUACGGAUUUAUCGAGCCAUACGAUCCAGUUUCGAUGCGAGACGUCUUUGAACGGGCUUGCGCUGAUCGGAAUGUCCGGAUCAAUGGAUCUCAUUGGUCUACAUUAAUCAAUGUGAAGGGGUCUAUCGAAAAAGAUUUGGAAGGCACACUUCAGCUUUUCGAUUCGAUUAGCUCACAUCGCAGUACAAUUCGAAUGCGAUCUGCGCGAUCAGGUGAAGCUCAAGUCCUCCCAGAUGCAGUGUGUUACGAAGCAUUAUUCAAUGUCUUGUUGGGAUUGAAAAGAACGGACUUGAUAUCAACUUAUGUGGAAAGGAUGCAAUCAGGAGGUGUGCAUAUGACGGCAUAUGUGAUGAAUACGUUAAUCAAGGCACAUGCUUCAUCUGGUGAUAUUCAAGCAGCACGUGAUUUGUUUGAAUCUUUAAUAGAUCCCGCACCUGGUCAAGCAGCUGCAUUUAAUCACCCAACCCCUCAUGGAAUUGAAAAGAUUCAACAAGGGUAUCAUAACAAUCAUCAAACUAGCUUACAAAAAUCAAUUGGCCAAGUACAUGAUCCAGUUUAUAGAGAACCAUCAUCUUGGGAAACAAUGAUCAGAUCAGAAAUUGAAAAUGGUGAAAUCGAAAGAGCUGAAGGAUUAAUGAAGAGAAUGGAAAACAGAGCAUAUCCCAAUGCAUUAAUGAAUAGAGUAAGAAAACUAAUCGAAACAAGUCGUCGGAAGAUUGAUCAAUAGUUGAAGAUUUCUUCAUUUCAUCACAACUUGACUCAAAACUUAACUCUGGUCUUAUAAACCAAUCAAACCAGACACAUAUAUGUUAUUUAUUUUCAAUCCCCACUCAAACAAAGCUUAUCAUACUCUAACAAAAUUCAUUUACAUAUUCAUCAAAACUCCAAUGCUUUUCUUACUGUAAGACACUUUUUGAACAAUCUUAAAACCCCUUUGAAUGAGAUUGUACCAAAAAAGAGUUGAACUCCUAAAACCCAGUCCCCUUAUAUCAUGAACUCCUUCUAUACCUCAUUUGCUCGUAUAUACAUCUACAUAGUUUUUGUUUUUUGUUUCUUUUAAUUAAAGCAGGUUUGUUCUUUGGGAUAGAUUUAGAUUUGAAAUUCGAUACAUAUAGAAUGUAAGAUAUGGAAAACC